AGCGCAGCAAAUAAUGAACUCAUUAGUCUCAGUCACGACGGAGCUGCGCGCUGUUCGGCUGUCGCUUUAAGACCGAUUUCCCCCCAUUGUCAAACAGUCGUGAGCAGGAAGAGGGAAACGAAAGCAGACACCGAGGGGGCCCGACGUAUUUAAACACGAUGCUGCCGCACAGUAACGGCUUCGUGUGGAGGAGAGGAGCGCACUUUGACAGGGACGCACGGACACGCAGAUCCACGCGAGUGACCUUCUGAUCGGAUCGAUGGUGUCCGGACUGAAUAAAGCAGCGGAGUGUCGGUGAAGUGGCCGCGGGAUGAGAGAAUGCACACAUGUGUCACCGCGGGUCGUUGCCUCAGGAAAUGAUGACAGUGUCCUCCAUCAUCGCUUAGCUGCUCAGAGCGCACGGUUCUCGUCUUGCGGCCAUUUCGACUGGACUCAGUUGCCUUUUUUGAUUUAACACACACACCCACACACACACACACACACACACAAAGACUGUAGGCGGCAGGUUGGAUGCUGCUGGAGCAGGUGCAGGCAGCUUCACAGGUAUCCGCUAAUCUGCUGGCUCUGCACCCUGAUAUCUGAUCUGGAUCAGACUGGACUUCAUAUUAGAAGAAUGACAUCCACUAUAGAGAGGAAGACACUGGAGGCCAAUGAGGAGCCGGUGGAUGAGGUCCUCCAGAUGCCACCAUCUCUGCUGACAUGUGGCGGCUGUCAGCAGAGCAUCGGAGACAGAUUCUUCCUGAAGGCCAUCGAGCAGUACUGGCACGAGGACUGUCUGAGCUGCGACCUGUGUGGCUGCCGGCUGGGGGAGGUGGGCCGCCGGCUCUACUACAAGCUGGGAAGAAAGCUAUGUCGGAGAGAUUACCUCAGGCUGUUUGGUCAGGACGGUCUCUGUGCUUCCUGUGAAAAGAGGAUCCGGGCGUUUGAGAUGACAAUGCGUGUCCGAGACAAGGUUUACCAUCUGGAGUGCUUCAAGUGUGCCGCCUGCCAGAAGCACUUCUGUGUGGGUGAUCGCUACCUUCUCAUCAACUCAGACAUUGUGUGCGAGCAGGACAUCUUUGAGUGGACCAAGCUCAACAAUAACAAUAUGGUUUAGGAGGAUCUCUUGCUCAACACAAUGGAGCUGCCUUUUCCCACUUACUUUAAAGGGAACGGACCACUGAUAAACAGACAGUUUGUAAUGCCUGUGCAGGCGCUAUCGUGCAUCUGAAAUUCAUAUGGAAGCAUUUUAACAUAAAAGGACAGGCUUGAUCUCUGCAGUUGUCCCUGCUGAAGACUAAGGGAGACUGCACCAGCAAUAACAGAGAUUUUCAUCUAAGGCUUCAUUCCUAAAAGCAAAAAAAAAAAAAUCUUAAAUACUGAAAAUACAUGCAAUAUAAGUCAUUUGUUAUACACUGGAAUACUAGAAAUGAUCAAAAACAAAUUCUUUGUCAAUUUUCUUGUCGUCAAACACUGUUGCAUCACUUCAGUCUGGUCUAAAAUGUUCAAUAAGACCAGUAACUAUACAUUGAUGUGUGUGUAAUUUCCUAAUACUUUCUUAUAUGAAGAAAAUGAGAACUUUGUUAAAGCAACCAAUCCAUUUAUAUCUUAACAGUAUUAAAUACUGGAAAUGUAAUGCUUUCUAUAUGUUCAAGUGUUGCUUGCCUGCGAACAAGUCUCACAUUUUAAUGUUCAGCUGACCUGCUGACUUAAAGACUGUCUUCUUGUGUUGGGAAUUAACUGGAAUUUAUUAAUUAGAUGUUUACCACAUGCCUCUAUAUCCUGCUUACUUAUCCAUGAAACUUAUCUGGGAAAGAAUUUAUUAGGAAAUUCUGAACCUGUAAAUGGAAGCAUUUUCAUAUCAUAAAUGGAAUACAGUAUCCAUUUUGAAAAGUCCCGAUCAGAAUGAUUGCCCUGUAUUGCCAGGUUGAACUAGUGGCGCCCUCUAGUGGAGGGAACCCAUGCCAUACUUAUUUGACUGACUGAAGAAGUUUCCAUUGUUUCAUGUCAUUUUAACAACUCUUUGGGCAUGCACCAAACCUUUUUGGAUAUUUGCUUGUCAGUUUCUUUAAUAAAUGACAAUUUAGAGAAACGCUGA